CGGUGCCGGCCAAUCAGAGCAGAGAGAGAAGACAACAGAAAACAAACGGACGGUUCGUGUCACAAUAAUCUGAGUCUGAGUUUAAUCUGAGUUUAAUCUGAGUUUAAUCUGAUUCACACCAGGUUUGAUAUUUAUUUAACAAAAGCCGGAUUUCCUGUCUCCAGAUUAUUUCCCCUUCGGUCUCCGGUGGAGUCGCUGCGCUGGUCGCCGCUAGGGGGCGCGACAGCAGGACGUCGUUAACGCUCGCUCGUGAUCACUGUUUAUCGUUAGUUCGUCGCUAACUGUGCGUGUGAACGUGCACGAAAGUGACAUGUGAGGACCAUGUUUAAAAACGUGUUCGGUUCCGGGUUCGUGGUGAGAACAGCUCAUGUGAUUCUGACCUGGGUCGUAACGUUGAUUCUCUUCCUGCACGACACAGAGCUGAGGAAGCAGGAGGAGACGGGGCAGCUCGUCCAGCCCGUCCUCUUCGUCCUGCUCGUGCUGGUGUCGGUGCUGCUCUACUUCGCCGUCUCUCUGAUGGACCCGGGCUUCAUCCUGUCGGACGACACUGGUCUUCAGUUCACGUUGGGAGUGACCGAGGAGCAGCAGGACAUGAUCCCCCCCACCACCAAGUCCCUGCGGCAGCGCCGCUGUGGACACUGUCUGCUGCAGCAGCCAAUGAGAUCGAAGCACUGCCAGACGUGUCAGCACUGUGUGCGGCGCUACGACCAUCACUGCCCCUGGAUCGAGAACUGUGUCGGUGAGAGGAACCACCGCUGGUUUGUGCUGUACUUGGCCGUGCAGCUGCUGGUGCUGCUGUGGGGGCUUCACAUCGCCUGGACGGGGUUCAGCUACGCCCCCAUCUGGCAGCUGUGGCUGCGGACCAACGGCAUGCUGCUGGCCGUGGCCGUGCUGGUGGCUCUGCUGUCGCUCAUCGUCUUGCUCCUGCUCGGCUCGCACCUCUACCUGGUCUCUCUCAACACCACCACCUGGGAGUUCAUGUCGCGCCACCGCAUCUCCUACCUCAAACACUGCGGCGCCGACGAGAACCCGUUCGACCGCGGCACCGUUCAGAACCUGUGGGGGUUCUUCUGCGUGUGGGGCACCGUGGUGUGGGAGCAGGUCUACUUCAGGGAGGGCAGCGACCAGGUGUAGGAACAACCGACUGAGACGUCGUGAACAACCACGUCACGCAAUUCAACUUUCCUUGUGUGCAGUUUACCUUUUAUAUGGGCACCUGUGUUUUUGUGCCAUAACUCUGCACGUUCCUCGUCUCAGUGCUUUGUUUGUGUCGUGCUCCACAUUAUUCAACCGGAAUAUCUCCUCCUCUGAUCACGGCUGUGAACAGAAUAAAACCAGUCGUGUUUCCUCAGAGUGAGACAUCCGCUCCUCGUUAACGUCUCUCUGCAGACGACCAGCAGCCGUUUACAAUCAUUCAAACGUUUCAUUUCUUUACUGCCUGCAGCACUUUAAGGUUCUGAGUGUUUCUUCACCCUCGUCCCACUGAACCCUGAUGUGGAGUUGUUACAGUCACAUGGUGAAAUGACAAAUGGACUGUUACAUAAUCCUGAAGUUUACUCUUGAUACAUUAUCUAAUAUUUAACGUUAAUAGUUCGGAUCGAUGGUUUCUAUGUUCACUGAAUCAAGUUAGAGAUUUAUACAAAUUUGCUACCGUUUGUUUUUCCAGUUUCGUUCUGGUUUCACAUGAAGUGAUUGAAUUGUCUUAUUUAUUCUGUACAGAAGAUUAACUGAGUCCAUGUCUUAGAAAGAAGUGUCAGACCAACGCUGCUCCACACUGAUACGUUCAGUCCUCAAUGAAACACUGCUCAUCUUCAGGUUGAUGAUCUCAUCAGUGUUAUGAUGUUUUCAUGCUCUAAUGCUCAGAAUCAUGUUCCUCAGACUGUCCAGCUGCAGCUCCUCUCUUCAGCCUCUGUCUCAAACACUUGCUUUGAGCUCCUGUCUCUUUAAGACCCCCCCUCCUGAUAAAGACCAGCUGGUAGCCUCCUAACAGAUGAAAACAGUGUCAGUGAAAGUGUCUCAGGAGAGGAGCUGCCUGUACAAGCUUUAUAACACAUCAGUGAAACAUCACUGUUGCUAUGGUUACGCCUGGCGUCCACACUGAACGGUCUUUAAUUUCUAAAACAUAAACGUAUCAGCGGAAGCAGCCAAAGUCUGAGACUCUUAUUUUUUUUUUAUUUAAUGGUUGAAAAACUGACUAUCAUUGCUUGUGUUCAAUCUAACCACGAUGUAAAGAAGUCUUUGACUUUCAAGCUAUUUUAUAUUGUAUUUAUCAUUUUGUAACUAUUUUAAAGCAGAACACGUCUUUAGACUUUUGUACGAGUGUUUUGAUGAAGUGAAACUGGAGCAGAGAUCGUUGUGCAAUAGAAACCUUGUGACAGAGCAAUAAGUGUGAUGUUGACUCAUCGCUAGUGAGGAAUUAACUCAUCUUAUUUAUAUGAAUUCAUUCAUGUUCCUCUGGAUUAUAUGCAAAACUGUCAUGCAAUGUUUUUUACUACUUUGAAAAUGACCGUAAACAUGAAUAAAUAAAUGUUUGAUGAAUUAAAUUUAUUCAUUCAGA